GAGUGGAUCACACGUACGGCACCGUUACUUGAGCCAUGAUGAGUUGGGCCGGUGAACAGCCCGCGUUGGAGAUCAACGAGGCGGUCGGCAAACUGUUACAGUCCUUCAACUAUGAAACUAUCGUGCCACAACCUAACAAAGGUGGAGGUUGUAUUCGACGGCCACACGUCAAACGUCCUAUGAAUGCCUUCAUGGUGUUCGCACAAGCCAUGCGCAAGCGCCUAUCAGAACAGAGGCCGUCUUUACACAACGCCGAACUUAGCAAAUCACUUGGAUCUAUGUGGAAAAGUCUAAGCGAAGAAGAGAAGAUGCCAUUCAUAAAAGAAGCGGAAAAACUACGAAACAAACACAAAAAAGAUCACCCGGAAUACAAGUAUCAGCCGCGCCGCCGGAAACCGCCCCCCACUUCCGCCCGUUUCAAAAGAGAGCCUUCGCCUGACAGGACCCAAAUCGACUUUUCUAGAAUCGAAAUGGACGGCGCACUUUUGGCAGAUGGACCACCAGAUGGAGCUGAAUUAGACCAAUAUCUAAAACCCGCGCCGAUGCCUGAGUACCACGAGAUGCAACCGCGAUACACCCACACGUUAACACACGUUCCUCCCCUCUACACCCCCGUACCUCACUUACACCCCCCUUGCCCCGAAUGGCACAAUUAUCCAGGACAUCCAUAAUAAUAGGAUGUUAAGUUAAUAUAACGUAUAAAAUUUGUAUCCAUGUGAUAUAGAAAUUCAGAGGAUUUUUUAAACUGCAACAAAAAAUCAAAACGAAAUUUUAUACACAUCAAAUGGGAUUGUAACUUUAACAGAAACUUAUAAUAUACAUAAUUAAUACUGAGGCGGUUUAAAACAAAAAAAAUAUUGUGAUUUAAACCGAAAAUAGGUCACAACGCAAAAGACUUUACUGGUACUGUUUUUUUUGUCAACAUAUGGGUAUUUGAUGCGUCGUCACGCACGUGCGUAAUCGUAAGUAAAUAUUAGUUUUAAAAUCUCCUAUUAAUGAUAAAGUUUAGUAAAAGUAAGAUAACCUAAUUUUUAUUUUAUUCGUGUUCGAACUUCCGGAAGCCCCCAACGAGGCAUGGGAAAGCUCACAUCUGAAUAUUUAUUUACUUACGAACUUGAAAUUAUUGUAUAAAACCACCUCCACGAACACGUCUGCCAAACUUAGAAUAUUUUUUUUAUUAUUCACGUUUGGGAGCUACAUUCACUAAAUAGUCGUUAAAAUGUUUAUACAUAAUUAUAUUCAUGAUAAUUUCUCUUUUGUUAUUCAUUACUCAUUUGUUUUUGAUCCUUAAUUAUUCCAUUUUCAAAUAUUUCUGUUAUCUUAAGCAUAAAUCAUAAGUUUGUAAAUAUUUUAGUAUAUGUACAUUAGUGAUACAUAUGUAUUCUGUAGUUACGUAGAUACAUUAUUAUCUCCAAAGUAAAUUAGAUUCCAUUAUUAUAGUGUACUAAAAGAUUGCGCAACACUUCACAUUCACACGAAAAUUAAGAUUUUCCUACCUAUCACGUGUGUAUAUGUUAAUUAUGUUUCGAAUCUUCAUUGGUAUGUUAAAAUUACAUAUUCAUAUACCAAUGCAUACUCUAAACAAAGGUUAUUUGAAAAUACCCUUGUUCCUAAAUUUAAAGUCUAGCCAUGUAUGUCGACUAAAUUAUUCUUAUUACACUGAUUUAAUAAUAAUGUUAAGAUGUGUUAGCAACUCAUUGUUUAAAAUUGUCUAAAGCACUAACAGGCUAAAGCAAUGAAAUCAGUGGUUAAGAUUUUAUAAAUAAGGCUGUUAGUAUUUAAUAAUUAUAUAAGAUAUC